GCCUGUGAGAUUUGGUGUUCGCGGCGGGUCCUGGGACAGGGUUGCUCUCCCUGCCCGCCGGUUACGUCGCCCCUGAGAACAGGGCAAGGCUGGAGCGUGGGUUACCCUCCUGGCGAGAGUGCCGUCCCUUAUUCACCUGUCCCCAAGUUUUCCCGCAGCCGGGGCGUCGGCGAGGUCGGCCCAGCGGGCGGAAGCGGACAGUGCCCCUGGCACGGCCCCUUCUGGCAGCUUCCCUCAGCUCGUGAGGGACCCGCACUUCCCCAUUUUCCUCACGGGCACACUGAGCCGCUUCCGGCAGCGUCGGAGGCCUUGAGUCCGGAGCAGGGCGCACAGGAGCACCACUAGGAGCCAGAGAUUCAGGCAGCGCGGGGUUUGAGGUGCUUCUGGAUGAAUCUUCGUCACCACCCUAGGAUCGCUCGCCAUCCGCAAGCUUGAAAACCCACUUAAAACCAUUUGGGGGGCCUCUUAAGUGCUGAGUUGGACAUGGCUGAAGGCUGCAGCUGUCUUUUCCCUGGCCUCUUCCUCUGAGGCUGGCAGAAUGAUGGAGGAGUGACACUGAUUGUAUGAAAGCAACCCCUUCAGCCAACUCGUGUCUUCCUGGGAAGGCCCCUGGAAGAAACAGCUGAAGAAGUUGAAGGUGAAGGAUUUGAAUGCCUUGCCAAGACCAUUCCGCUGGCUGGGAGAACACAGCCUUGCCUAGCUGGAGGAAAACCAGAGAGCAUCUGCGAAGAGGCUGGAAGCUUCAUUUUGCAAACACACAAGACCUCUGCAUCCCUCAUAGAGAAGUUUUUUCUUGGUUUUUUUUCUCUUGAAACACCUAGGGUGAAGAUAAACCUCUACAUAGGCCAAGCAGAAGAAACAGAAUCAGAAACCACGUAGAAGUAUUCCACAAACACACUUUGGAAAACCUGGCACUACACCAAGCUGCCUCCUGAUUACAGUCUUGUCUGAUACAACAGAUACCCUCAGAUACCUACUGGUGGAUCUAUGACUGAAGCGGAUCAGCCAGGAAGGGCUCCUCGCAGCAUAAAGGAAAGCACUUUUCACACUGUUUUAGAAUGAGAAGUUGAAUUCAUAAGCACACAUAAUUUAGAAGACAUGGGCUGUGGUACUUCAACAACUGAAACGAAAGACAAGAAAUCUGAGAAAGCACUUAAAGCCGCAUUGGUCAUCCAGAACUGGUACCGAGGUUACAGUGCUAGGUUGAAGACCAGACAGCGUUAUGCUCUCACCAUCUUCCAGUCUAUCGAAUAUGCUGAUGAACAAGGCCAACUGCAGCUAUCCAACUUCUUCUCCUUCAUGUUGGAAAACUAUGCACAUGUACACAAGAAAGAUCCAAAAUUAGCAAAUCGAUUUUUUGGUAGCAGCACCCAGGACAGCAAGGAUAGACAGGACUAUUUGGGACUGAUAGACGUCCCAGAUUCCUAUUGUGGUCCUCGGCUGCAGUUUCCUCUCACUUUUACUGAUAUUGAUGUACUUAUUGAGGCCUUCAAGCAACAACAGAUACUUCAUGCUUAUUAUGUCUUAGAGGUGCUAUUUGAAACCAGGAAGGUCCUGAAGAAAAUGCCAAAUUUUACUCACACAAAAACUUCUCCCUCCAAAGAGAUAACAAUCUGUGGUGAUUUGCAUGGGAAACUGGAUGAUCUGUUUUUAAUCUUCUAUAAGAAUGGUCUCCCCUCAGUGAGCAACCCAUAUGUUUUUAAUGGUGAUUUUGUAGAUCGAGGAAGAAAUUCCAUGGAGGUCCUAAUGAUCCUGUUAGUGAGUUUCCUUGUCUACCCCAAUGACCUGCACUUGAACAGAGGCAACCAUGAAGAUUUUUUGAUGAAUAUGAGGUAUGGCUUCACAAAAGAAAUUUUGCAUAAAUAUAAGCUACAUGGAAAAAAAAUCUUACAAAUCUUGGAAGACGUCUAUACCUGGCUUCCAAUUGGUACAAUCAUUGACAAUGAAAUCCUGGUUAUACAUGGAGGGAUAUCAGAGUCCACAGAUUUGAAUUUACUCCACCGUAUAGAAAGAAACAAAAUGAAAUCUGUGCUGAUGUCACCAGUUCCAAUAGAUGGAGACCGUGCUACUGAGAAGAAAAAUAAAGCAGGUAAAGCCAUUGCGGCUUUGGGAAUGAAAACAGACGGAUCCUUUUCUGAACAAUUAACAAAGCAUGAAUGGGAACAGGUUAUCGAUAUUCUGUGGAGUGAUCCCAGAGGCAAAAGAGGCUGUUACCCAAACACAAGUCGAGGAGGGGGCUGCUAUUUUGGACCAGAUAUUACCUCCAAGAUUCUUAAUAAAUACCAGUUGAAGAUGCUCGUUAGGUCUCAUGAAUGUAAACCCGAAGGGUAUGAAAUCUGCCACGAUGGGAAGGUUAUUACUAUAUUUUCGGCAUCUAAUUAUUAUGAAGAAGGUAGCAAUCGAGGAGCUUACAUCAGAAUGAGUUCUGGUACCACCCCCCGAUUUUUCCAGUACCAAAUAACUAAUGCAACGUGCUUAAGGCCUCUUUACCAAAGGGUGAAUGCUAUUGAAAGUAGUGCCAUCAGGAUGUUAAAAGAGAGAAUGAUUUCACGAAAAACUGACCUCAUUCGUGCUUUCCAACUUCAAGACCGCAAUAAAUCAGGAAAACUUUCUAUGAGCCAGUGGGCUUUUUCCAUGGAGAACGUUUUGGGGCUGAACUUACCAUGGAGAUCUCUGAGUUUGCAUCUGGUUACUACAGACAAAGAUGGAAAUACUGACUACAUGUCCAGCUUCCAGGAUAUCCACAUUCAAAAACCUGUGAAAGAGGUUCAGUCUACUUUAAUUGAAACAGUGUACAGAUACCGAUCUGACCUGCAAAUCAUCUUUAAUGUCAUUGACUCGGAUCACUCAGGCCUGAUCUCCAUGGAAGAAUUUCGUAGCAUGUGGAAACUUUUCAAAAGUCACUACAGCGUUCGUAUUGAUGAUUCCCAAUUUGAUGAGCUCGCCGAAAGGAUGGACUUAAACAAAGAUGGAAGCAUUGACUUCAAUGAGUUUUUAAAGGCUUUCUAUGUAGUGCAUAAAUUUGAUAAGUUGAGCAAAUCAGAUACCAAGCUUGCUUAACAAGAAUUAGGGCUUGCUCCUUAUAAACAAUUAGGCCCAAAUCACUGACAUAAUCUUUGCUACAACCCUUAAAAUUCAUAGUAAGUAGUAGACAAAGUAGACCCCGCAUGACACAAGCAGAUGUAUAGUGUGGGUAUUGAAAGUCCCCAGUAAGCUGUUAUGGGUAAGACUAGGUUAAAUAUCAGCUGGUAGGAUUUGACUCCAGUGGUGGGACCCAUACACAGAUAGAAACUAGGUUUGACCGUAGCAUUGGUCUCUUGGAUGCUACCUAGCUGUUUGGAAACAUAUUGAAAGGAACCCACAGAGCACCAGAGGAAAGUGCAACAUCUGUGAGGGGCUGAGGGAUGGAAGGAGGAAUACCAAACUGUUAAUGGAAUAAAAUAUUUCCAUCCUUAAGCUGUAAUCUUCCUUGGAGAUAGAAUAAACCAGUGAUUCUCAAUUUGGGGGGAACCAACCUUCAGAGAUGGGCGCCAUAUCAGAAUCCUGGGGCCAGCUGUGGGAAUGUAUUGUUACAAAAAGCAUAUUUUUUUCUUAUCUGUUGGAGAUAGAAAGUAGAUACAUUCAGAUUGAGCCCUA